ACUGAGUGCAGCAGAGGAGAAAUAACAGACAGCGAAACAAGACAGAGACCAGAGAGACGAGAAAAGAGGGAGAAUUAAAUAAAAAUAAUAGUUAGUAAAAAAAAGAGAGUGUGAUCUAACAGUGUUAGGAUGGCCGGAGCAUGUCGGUGCGUGCUGGCAGUGCUGCUGCUCUGCUUGUGUCUCUGGGUUCCAUCCGAGGCUGUGGGAGGGGCCAAGAGUCGACCAAAACCUCAGAAACGACCUCCGAAGAAGCCUAAGGUCGACCCCGUGGACUCCACCCCGCCUGCUCAGAAUAUAGACAUACAACAGAUGAUGGGAACAUGGUUCCUCCUUAACACGGCCUCCAAGUGCUCCUACCUGAUAAAACAUGGAACCAGCGUGGAGCCAACUGUCAUGAUGCUCACACGCCACGAGGCCUCUGACCAAACCCUGUCUGUUAGUACUAAAACACGACAAAAUCAUCAGUGCUGGGAGAUUUUGCAGGUUUACCAUUUAACUUCAACCCCAGGGAAACUGUUACUUAAAGGAGCCCGUCCUGAGCUCAACACGGACAUUGUGAUUGGAGAAACAGACUACACCUCCUACGCAGUCUUGUUCUACCAGAAACAGGGGAAGGUCACAGUCAAGCUCUAUAGCAGGUCCGUGGACGACCUAUCAGAGCCAGUUUUGGCUAAGUUUGAACAACUUGCUGAAAAACACAGUUUGGGGCUGGCUUACCUCUUCCCAUUCCCUACCUACAGUCACUGUGGUGAUGUGGACAAGGAUCAUACAAUCAACUGUGUCCCCACAUGCUGAGGAGGCGGAGCUCUGACACGCACUCGAGAAAGUCGAUUCAAGACUGAACCCAUGCCUUAAAAAUGCACACUUUCCUUGGAAUAUGACUCGUUAUAAACAAAUAAAGCAAGACGAAGAAA